AUGGUUGAAUUUGAUAUGUCCGAUCUUGGAAUGAUACAUUAUUUUCUUGGUAUAGAAGUAGUGCAAUCUACUGCUGGAAUUUUUAUUUCUCAAAAGAAAUAUAUGAAAGCAAUUUUAGAUAGAUUUCAGAUGAAGAAUUGCAAUUCUGUGAGUACACCAACUGAGUUUGGUUUGAAGCUAGUUAAAGAUCUUGAAGGAAGGAAAGUUGACAGCACCAUUUACAAAAAAAUUGUCGGGAGUUUGAUGUAUUUGGUUACAACAAGACCUGAUAUAAUGCAUGUUGUGAGUCUCAUUAGCAGAUACAUGGAGAGCCCAUCAGAGAUGCAUCUUCUAGCUGCAAAGAGGAUUUUUCGAUAUUUGCAAGGAACUAUUGAUUUUGGGCUGUUUUACAGAAAGGGAGAAAAAUCAGAUUUGAUAGGCUUUACUGACAGUGAUUAUGCAGGAGAUCAAGAUGAUAGAAAGAGCACUUCAGGGUAUGCUUUUAUGCUGGGUUCAGGGGCUGUUUCAUGGUCAUCAAAGAAGCAACCCAUUGUUACUUUGUCGACCACUGAAGCCGAAUUCGUUGCUGCAACUUCAUGUGCUUGUCAAGCUAUUUGGUUGAAGAAAAUACUUGAAGAGCUACACUUCAAGCAACAAGGAGCAACAACUAUUGUGAUAGCAGUUCAGCCAUAA